UAUUGCCGAAUAAUUUCCAAUCUUCGUCAAUGGAAGUAACCGUUUAGAAGGUGAACGUCAUUCGUUACUGUUAAACUCAAAAUGAACGGUCGGCGGAUUAGCAUGGACAAGAUGGCGUGGAAGCUAUUCGGGAUUGUGGCAGCUGUUUGUCUGGGAGUAUGUUAUGGAUACUAUGAAGAUAUGCGUACAUUCGGAUCGGGGGAUUCGAUACUGACGAUUCAGUACAUGAGCGGCGGAUUUAUCGACGAGUACCACCGAUGGACAUCCGAGUGUCAAGAUGGCGAAGCGAUGAUCGGGAUCUAUGAUUCGUUUCGUCAGUUUAUGGCCAUCAACCAAGUUUGGUGUUAUUUCAUGUUCCCCAAAAAGCCGCCGUCCAAUGGAGUUUAUCCAUAUUAUUCCAGUUGCAAUGUCCGGAACAUGAGCCAGUAUGAAUAUUACUGUUACGACAAGUACUGGCCGGAAGACACAUCCAACACAUUUAUCACCGGGUUAUGGGGUCAAGCCGGUGGCUCAGGAUUCCAGAAUACGCCAACUGUGAUGAAAUGCUGCAAAGCGCCGAGUGGAUAUAAACUGGAUUAUAACCACUGCCAAUGGAAGUACACGCAUGACAAAAUGGGUGAACAUUAUGACGGAGUGUGGCUGGUAAAGUGCGAUACAAAUUACGUCAUGACCGGAAUGGGUCAGGCGAUGAAUCCCUGGGACGGUAUUAUACAUUUUACUUGGAUACAGUGCUGCCCCGUGAUUUACACCGAUGAUCAUUCCGACAAACUGCAACGAUAUCACCGCCGGUGAUACUUAUGUAACAGCUGUUUUUUACCUGCAUUUGACCUUUUGACAAAUUUGUAUCGAUAUUCACUAAUCAAGUUAAGCCUGCAUAAUGAUUAACUUUUAUCCUGGUCCACGUGCUACGUGUUCAAGUAGCGUGUAUCAGUUAUCCAAAGCGUCAAUAUGUCGAUCUGGAAAAACCGGCUUCCCGCUGCAUUCUGUGAUAAAAUUUCCCAAG